AAUGUUUUUGUAUAAAGAAAAAAACGUAGUCUAAAAGGUGCAUUGAGAAUAAGUUGAAAGCACUGAAAGAAAAGGAUGUGUGUUAUUCGACACUUGUUAAAAAUCACUGCAAACUAAUUAGAAAAUACUAAAUUGUGUCUUAAUAAUAAUUAACAAGUUUUUCAAUUAUCUCAACUUUCUACAAAUGGCCAUUGCAUAUAGAUUGAAAUUUGAGGUUAUAUAAAAAAAAGUAAACACAAAAAUAAUUAUAAAGUGUCUGUUUUCUUUUGAACACUGACCUUAUAAUUAAAAAUGGCUAGUGUGGAUUUUAAAGUUGUUCUUCUUGGUGACAGAGCAGUUGGAAAAACAUGUUUAAUAAAACGUUUUGUAAAUGAUACCUUUAACGAAGACGUAGCAUGUGCUACAAUUGGCGUAGCUUUUGCAGCUAAACAAAUUCAAGUUGGUGAUCGAAAGAUAACAAUGGGUUUAUGGGACACAUCAGGCUGUGAGAGAUUUGAAUCAAUGGUUAGAGGCUAUUAUCGAGGUGCAAAAGCAGCGAUAAUUUGUUACGAUAUUUGUAAUUUAGAGUCAUUUAAAAGGGCAAAAUUUUGGAUAAGAGAAGUGAGAGAGGUCGAAGAAAAAUGUAAAGUUUAUUUAUGUGCAACAAAAGAAGACGUAUUAACAAACAAUGAAAAUUCUGCUUCUCCCGAUAUAGAAAUUGUCGAAAAUUAUGCACAAGGUAUACAAUCAAAAUUUUUCAUCACUUCAAGUAAAGCUGGAAGCAACAUUGCCGAAUUAUUUGAGGAAAUUGCAAAAGAUUAUGCCUCGAAUCCAGAUAAUGUUCAAAAAGAAGAGGAAAAAUUUAUUACACUAACGGAAACGGCAAUUUCUCAGAGGUUUUGUUAUUGUUAAUUACGGUGUGGCUACUCGUUUUAUUUAUUUAAAAACAUUUUUUUCGUAUUUUUCUAUUCUAAAAAUAGAUUCUAUUCAUCGAGAUUUGAUAUUUUGGAUAUUUAUAAAAUUAAGUUUAUAAAAAAAACACUACAUAAAUUGUUGUCCUUGCAAUCCUUGCAAUGAUUUUGAAAUUCGAGUAGCCACUUUUAAUUACUAGGUAAAGACGAUCGCAUUGAGAACUGAUGACUCAUAUCUGACUGAAACGAGCUAAACUUAUUCUUUAUAUUAUGUAUAAAAAUAACGAAACUGUGAAAAAUAGAAAUAUUCCGCCAUAUAUUUGUCAAGUAUAUAUCCACUUCACAGUAUCUUUAGUUUAUACACGAAGAAAGUAUUUUUCAAACAGUAUAUUUUAUUCAAUAAAUGGCUAUGAAUUUUA